AUGCUGGUAGCCUACGAAGGAUUCGGAAAUUCGUUGGCUAUUACGAUCCACUACAAUAUCCUCUUCUUUUUCCCUUUGGAACUCAUGGAUGUGAUAUCAGUACCCAAAGUCAAAGUGGCAGCAAAGUAUCAUGCCGAACAUAUAAUAGCUAUAUGUUCCAGGUACAAAUCCCCAUUUCCUACGCAGUAUAGAAUCCGCCCCGAUGAUCAUUCCACCGUAUUGCAAGCAGGGUGGCUACUACAACAAUUUGUUGUUGAUAACUCUGUGAAAAUUGAAACUAGAAAGUUAAGAUGGGUUCAAACUAGACAGAAGAAAUUACGAGUUGAAUUAUACCAAGGGUUACAAAAUGCUUUGCACACAGGAGAAACCAAUGCAGAAAAUGUUGGAAGAAAAAGAACAAUAUUACCAUCGUCGUUCAUUGGUAGCCGUCGCGACAUGACCCAACGAUAUGAAGAUGGAAUGACGAUUGUUCUUAAAAAGGGCAAGCUAGAUAUUUUUCUCACAAUGACAUGCAAUCCAUCUUGGACUAAAAUAACUUCAGAACUCAACCCAGUUCAAACUCCACAAGAUCGUCUAGAUUUAACAACAAAAAUUUUUCGAGCCAAAUUUGAACAGCUAAAAGAGGAUGUAAUUACUAAGGGUGUCUUGGGAAAGGUGAAGAGCUAUAUUUAUGUCACUGAGUUUCAAAAAAGAGGGUUGUCACAUGUACAUAUGUUGCUAAUCUUAGAAAAUAAUGACAAGUUAAUUGACCCAGAGCAUUAUGAUAGUUUGGUACUUGCAGAGAUACCAUCUAAAGAAGAAGAACCAUACCUACAUGAUGUAGUGCUAAAAUAUAUGAUUAAUGGUCCUUGCGGUACACUUGAUCAAUCUUCACCCUGCAUGAAAAAUGGCCAAUGUAAACACAACUACCCAAAAGAGUUCACAGCAGAAACACGAAGAGGUGACGACUCAUAUCCGCAAUAUAGGCGACGAUUCGACAUUCCAGUACCGAUUAACCAAAAUGUCACAGUUGAUAAUAGAUGGGUAGUUUCGUACAACCCUUGGCUACUACUAAAGUAUGAUUACCAUAUUAAUGUUGAGACAUGUAGUAGCAUCAAGAGUAUAAAAUAUCUCUACAAAUAUUGCUACAAGGGUCCAGACCAGGUUGCAAUGGAAGUUCACAACGGUUCUAAUUUUGACGAGGUCCAACAGUUUGUUGAUGCAAGAUGGAUUGCUGCUCCAGAGGCAUGUUGGAGAAUAUUUAAAUUUAACUUUUACCGAAUGUAUCCAUCAGUGGAAAAGUUAGAAAUUCAUUUUCCAAAUCAACAUCAAGUGAGCUUCUAUGAUCACCAAACCAUUCCUAAAAUACUUAAUGAUGAUUAUUUCUCUAGAACAAUGCUCACUGAGUUCUUUGCCCUAAAUCGUGAGGAAGACCAACAAUCUAGGCAUCUUCCGUACAGGGAAAUUUCAGAGUAUUACACUUGGCACAACAAGGAAAAGGAAUGGUAUCGGCGCAAGAUACAGAGGAGAUCCAUCGGUCGAAUUUAUACUGUAUCACCUUCAGAAGGAGAAAAAUUCUAUUUGCAUAUUCUGUUAUCUAACAUUAGAGAACCAAUCAAUUGGGAUGACUUGCUAACAAUUACACAAUACAAUUUGCCAUCUCUAACUCAUGAAAAUGAAAAUGACAACCUGAUACCCAGAGUUAUCCAAGAAGAACUGUCUGUCGAAGUACUCCGGGAAGACUUGUGUUCCGUAGCAAGAUUGAAUGAUGAGCAAUCUAAAGCUUUCAAGUGCAUUAUGAAUACAAUUGAUCGAAGAGAAAGUGGAGUGUUCUUUGUUGAUCGGCCAGGAAGAUUAGGCAAAACAUUUCUUUACAGAGCUAUAAUUGCAGAAUUGAGAAAUAAGGGUCAUAUUAUCUUGGUAACUGCAUCAUCAGAAAUAGCCGCAACAUUAUUUCCUGGGGGUCGAACAGCUCAUUCUAGGUUUAAGAUCCCAAUUAAUGCAGAACCAUCAUCCAUUUGUAACAUAAGCAAACAAUCAGAUCUUGCAAAGCUUAUUAGACAAACAACGACAAUAAUCUGGGAUGAAGCACCAAUGACAAAUAAAGAAUCAGUGCAAUCAUUAGACCGUACCCUAAGAGACAUAUUAGCAAAUGAUAUGCCAUUUGGAGGAAAAGUGAUGGUGAUGGGAGGAGAUUUUAGCCAAGUACUGCAUGUCAUACCGAAAGGUAGUAAGUCACAAAUGAUUUCAGCUUCUAUAGUUAAGUCUCAUUUAUGGGCUUCCACUAAAAUUCUCCAUUUGCGACAAAAUAGGCGAUCUUCUAAUGAUAAUAUUUUUGCUGAGUAUCUUAUGCGCAUUGGUAAUGGAAUUGAGCCCACCAUACAUGAAGACUUUGUACGGAUACAAGUAAAUAUGGCAAUUCCGUGGGAGGGUGAAACAUCGUUAAACAAGUUAAUAGAAGAAAUAUUUCCAAACUUAUAAUCUCAUGGGUGGGACGCUUCUUACAUGGUAGAAAGGGCAAUAUUGACGCCAAAAAAUCAUGAUGUACAACAGCUUAAUGAUAUAAUUAUCAACCAGUUUCCAGGAGAAGAACAAAAUGUAGUCUCAUUUGAUGAGGUAGAAAGAGAUGCUAAUAAUUUAUAUCAACAAGAAUACCUUAACUCAGUUUCUACAGGCGGGUUGCCACCUUAUGUAUUGAAGGUAAAAAAAGGUACACCUUUGAUGUUAUUGAGAAAUAUAGACCCUAAGGCCGGCUUAUGCAAUGGUACAAGGUUACUAUGUCGUGGAACUUUUCAAAACAUGUUGGAUGUAGAAAUUUUAACCGGCUAUCACUGUGGAAGAAGAGCUUUCUUGCGGAAGCAAUUUUCUGUAAGGUUGAGUUUUGCAAUAACAAUAAACAAAUCACAAGGACAGACCAUUCCUAAAGUAGGGAUCUAUCUCCCUAAACAUGUAUUUAGUCAUGGCCAAACUCUGUCUCGAAGUAUUUCUCAGUCAACUACAAAAAUUUUAGUCAAAGAAGAAAAAAUAGAUGGAACAAGUGGAGAAUUUACCAGAAAUAUAGUUUUCAAAGAAAUAUUGUUACCUUCACCACAGAUAGGUGAUAUAGAAGAUGGUUCUAAUGAUCAGAAAGGUCUUGAAGUAGAGAUACUAAGGUUCUAUAAUAGGCUUUUUUAUGAGAAUCUUGAUGUGGACUUAGAAGUAAUAGGUUCUCAAUCUCUCCUGCAAUUUUCUCUGGAGGCUUGCAAUAAGCUCACGAAAAGGGUCUUGAAAGAAGAAGUUCGUAAUGCAGUGAAGGAAAUAAACUCGUUCAAUGCUCCAAGAGCUUAUGGCUUUCAGGCUUUCUUCUCUAGGGAGUAUUAG